CUUGAGACCAGCAUUUGGAGAUUAGGGUUUUGCGGGCAGCGUUAUGGUUCAUUGCCAUUAGGUUGCUGUCAAAGGAGGAAGCAGGGGACGUGGUGUUGGGUUGUUAGUUUCCUCUGCUUCUGUGGCCGUCGUAGAGAGCACUAAGCCGAGGGAGAGAGAGAGAGAGAGGUUUUGUACAAAAUUUUCAGCUUUCGCUGAUUCUUGUGGCUUGUUCAGUGGAGAGGUUUGCCAGGUUUGUGUUGAGGUUUUUGUUUUUCGGUACUGAUGGCGGUGCACGAGGGGCAGUUGGAAGCGACCGAGCAGAAUGGAGGCAAUCAGCAGAGGGGAGCAGAGGAAGAAGAGGAGGAUAUUGAAGAGUAUGUGCCGGUGAAGAAGCGACGUCUCAUGGCAGCCCAGCAACUGCUCAACAAGAAAGCGGUGAAGGGUGCUAAUGGUGCCAAUAUGACAUCCACGUUGGAUGAACAAGAGGGGCUGAAAUCAUCAGAGAUCAAGCCCAGUCUGCUUGUGAAAUCGUCGCAGCUGAAGAAGGAUGCGCCAGAAAUUAGUGUGACGGAGGCGUUGGUAAUGCAGGAGAAGGAGAUGAUUGAGAGGCUGUCGGAGAAAAAGCACCUAGUGCCCGUGAGAGAGCUUGCCAAGGGUAUCUCGUACACCGAGCCCAUGCAAACAGGGUGGAAGCCACCCCUAGCUAUCCGAAAUCUAAGUGAGAAGGAUUGUAAAGACAUUAGACGCCAGUGGCAUAUUUUAGUUGAAGGCGAUGAAAUUCCCCCGCCAAUUAAGAAUUUCAAGGACAUGCGUUUUCCAGACCCAAUUUUGAAGAAACUGAAGGCAAAGGGUAUCACACGGCCAACGCCAAUUCAGGUGCAAGGGCUUCCUGUCAUUUUGUCUGGAAGGGACAUGAUAGGUAUUGCGUUCACGGGUUCUGGAAAAACCUUGGUCUUUGUUUUGCCCUUAAUUAUGCUUGCAUUGCAAGAAGAGGUACGAAUGCCCUUGAUCGGUGGGGAGGGCCCUUUCGGCUUAGUGGUUUGUCCCUCUCGAGAGCUUGCACGCCAAACCUAUGACGUGGUGGAGGAGUUUACGGCCGUGCUUAGCGAAAAGGGAUAUCCGCAGCUACGCUCCAUGCUUUGCAUUGGUGGUAUUGAUAUGAGGUCGCAGCUAGAGGUUGUGAAACAUGGGGUGCAUAUCGUGGUUGCAACGCCAGGUCGGUUGAAAGAUAUGCUGGCUAAGAAGAAAAUGAAUCUUGAUAAUUGUAAGUAUCUUACGUUGGAUGAGGCAGACAGGCUUGUCGAUUUGGGUUUUGAAGAGGAUAUUAGGGAGGUUUUUGACCACUUUAGGGGACAGAGGCAAACACUGCUAUUUUCUGCGACUAUGCCAAAGAAAAUUCAGAACUUUGCUAAGAGCGCAUUAGUGAAGCCUGUGGUUGUCAACGUGGGUCGAGCGGGAGCAGCGAAUUUGGAUGUGAUUCAGGAAGUUGAGUAUGUGAAGCAGGAAGCGAAGAUAGUGUAUUUGCUGGAAUGUCUCCAGAAGACACCACCUCCUGUGCUCAUUUUUUGCGAGAAUAAAGCUGAUGUAGAUGACAUACACGAGUAUUUACUCUUGAAGGGUGUUGAGGCUGUAGCAAUCCAUGGAGGCAAGGAUCAGGAGGAGCGAGAAUUUGCAAUUGCCUCUUUUAAGGCGGGUAAGAAGGAUGUUCUCGUAGCAACGGACGUUGCGUCCAAGGGACUUGAUUUUCCGGACAUACAGCAUGUUAUCAACUAUGAUAUGCCUGCAGAAAUUGAGAACUAUGUUCAUAGGAUUGGGCGUACAGGAAGAUGUGGGAAAACUGGUAUCGCCACUUCUUUCAUCAACAAGAACCAGAGUGAGACGAUUCUUUUGGAUCUGAAACACUUGCUGAAGGAGGCUAAGCAAAGGAUACCUCCUGUGCUAGCAACCCUAGACGACCCAAUGGAGGAGGCUGAGGAGCUUGCUAAAGCUAGCGGAGUUAAAGGUUGUGCGUACUGUGGAGGAUUGGGCCAUCGUAUUAGUGAGUGCCCAAAGCUGGAGCACCAGAAGAGCCAAGCGAUUGCUGGCACCAGACGAGACUACUUCGGAUCUGGGGGUUACGGUGGAGAGAUCUAGUCUGCGUGGCACGAUUUCUUUUGAUUUUACUCUUUGUCGUUGAAUGUUUUUGUUCUUCAUAUCACUUUUUGAAUUACGAGAUUAUAGAAAAUUUAGUCGUCAGGUCGGUUGAAGUGAAAAAUGACGAGCUUGGCUUUAAAAUAGCUUGAAGUUAUUUUUUGAAAUUACGGGCCGAGAUGCAGUUUGCAAUUAUCGACCAACAUCACAAGCACCCACAACCUGACGUUGUAAAAUACCUGUAGUAGCACUCGACGAUUUGGAGUUAUGUUUCCUCGAGGUCCUAGGUAUAGCUUUUGUACAAAUCUACUGUAUCUAAUAAAGAGUUCUCUACAGUGUUACCCACAA